GAGAAAAUGGUAGAAACCAAAGUGCAGCCAGGAUCCAGUCAGACUGCAGAUUCUUCUGAUGAAGAGAAAAACGAAGAAGAGAAAAUCGAGGCAAGACCUGCUAAUAAAUUUCUCUGCAAUCCUUGUGAGGAAAACAACAAACAUCAAGAAGAAAUUGAAAAAAUACUCAGAAGACUUCAUCUCAAAGACCAACAUCAAAGAAUGUUGUCAUCAGAGGACUUUAUUAAAAUAGGUCCACCUGUAAAUCAGACUAAUCAAAUCCUCGAGAAAGAGAUAGUUUUUACUUUUCUUCAGAGAUUAAUGAUGUUAGAUUACAGGGCAAGAUACAUUACAAAUCAAUCAAAAGAGGAUCAUAUACACCCAAUGGAUGUUCAAAUGGCAAUAUUUCACUGCUCUGAUAGCUUUCUUAGACAGAAAAUGAUUACCAAGUUGUCACAGUGCCAGUAUGCUUUACCAUUGCUAUUUCCUGAUCCUGUCACAGCAAAUAUUGUGUCUCCUCUCUGGACAUUCAGACAAAUAUCAAAAUCAUGGAAGAUUUGCACAAAGAAGGAAGACUCUAGCACAGUCAAAAUGAAGAGCAUGCCAAUCUACAAAGCUAAGACUCCCCUGGUUUCAUUUUUCCGACUGGCCUCCUUGCCUGUGUCCAAAUCUCAGCUGAUGAACACCUUGAUCAAUGACCGCCACAACACAUUCUUCCAUAGAGACUGUCCAGGCAGCACCAAAUCUCAUAAUUUCAUGGAUGGUGUGGCAGAAAUUGCCUGGUACUGCCCUGCUGGAAAAUCCAAUGAUUUCUUUAACGACUGUGUUGCUUUCUGUAAUCUUCAUGGGGAUUCUUUAGAAAUGGUCAAACAGCGUGAAAUACUGACUAAAAAAUCCUCAGUCAUUAUUAUUCUCGUACAAACUUUGGAAAUGAGCCAGGAAAGUAAGGCAAUCAUUUCAAUGCUUUUGAAGUCAUCAAAACCUUUGAUAAUACUCAGUGCUGACAAUGACUGUAGUGCAGUUGAGGUGACACCACAAAAAUACAAACUGGGUCUGAAAGAAAGAAGCCAAUCCGAUGUUUCUAAAGAGCUGAAAGAAAUGAUAAGAAAAAUUUUGUCUGGACCCCACAAGCUCUUCCAGCUUAAAACUAUGGAAAAAAUGACAAAUGAAGUCAGAGUGGAUGAAGAGGCAGAGGCCUGCCAAAAUGGGAAAACUGCUGCAAUGAAACUGGUUGCACUGAUUAGAAAGAUGGAUAUCGCCAAAAUAAAAGAAGUGUUUCUCCCCUGCCAAGGUCCACUUUGGUAUGAGUGGUGCAAAAUCAACAAAGAACUGUAUCAUCUAAAGGGAGAAAUUGAGCAAGAAAAGGCUCAUAAAACUCAGCAACUGAUGGAACUACGACAGAAACAGUGUGACGUGUCCAAUAGUGAACUAAUGAAGUUGUUCACUGAGAGCCUCAAAAGUUUGCCAACAAACGAAUAUUUCUUGAAAUGGACCCAAAUCCUGAUAGAUGCUGUCUCCACAGAUUAUCUAUCUUCAAUUCUCCAAAAAUAUGAUGAAACAUGGUCAGAAGUCUUGGCUCUUAAGAAGAAAGAUAACAAAUCUGAAGAAUUAAUUAAAAAACAAGCUGAGCUUGAGCAGUUAUCAAAGCUGAUUCAAUCAGCAACAUUUGGUCUUGAACAUAUGUUUAGAGAAAUGGGACAGAUCUAUGAAGCGCAUAAAUCUCUGGAGAAACCAGCAGAGGGCCAACAGGCUGAAUGGACUAAAUACCCUGAACUGGCUGCAGAUCUGAUGAUAAAAGGACACCCAAUGGAGCUGAUGGAUGGUGAUGCAGGCCAUGUGCCUUUGAUAUGGAUCUCUAGUCUCAUACAGGAGGUCAUCAAGAAGCUAGGUGACCAGAGAGUCUUUGUGCUGUCAGUGCUGGGCUUACAAAGCAGUGGAAAGUCAACAAUGCUGAAUGCCAUGUUUGGAUUGGAGUUUGCAGUGAGUGCUGGGAGGUGCACCAAAGGUGCUUACAUGCAGCUGGUUAAGCUGUCAGAGGAAAUCCAGAAAGACUACAGAUUUGACUAUAUUCUAGUUGUGGACACUGAAGGUCUGCGCGCUCUUGAGUUAGCAGGCAAUGCUACCCUUCAUCACGAUAAUGAGCUUGCAACAUUUGUCGUUGGUCUAGGAAACCUGACACUGAUCAAUAUCUUUGGUGAAAAUCCAGCUCAUAUGCAAGAUAUCUUACAGAUUGUUGUGCAGGCUUUCAUGAGGAUGAAGAAAGUCAAGCUUUCUUCAAGUUGUGUGUUUGUUCAUCAGAAUGUCACAGAUAUUGCAGCAGCAGAGAAAAACAUGGAUGGAAAAAGACGCCUGCAGGAGAAAUUAGAUGCAAUGACUCAAUUAGCUGCUGAAGAGGAAGGCUGUGCUUUUGAGUGCUUCAGUGAUGUCAUUGCAUUUAAUGUGCAAGAGGAUGUUAAAUACUUUGCUCAGUUAUGGGAGGGAAGUCCACCAAUGGCUCCUCCAAAUCCAGGGUACAGUGAGAGUGUCCAAGAACUGAAGGCCUCCAUCCUGUCUAAGGCCUCAGACUCUGAUGGCAUUCUUCUGUCACAUUUUGGUACCAAGAUCCAGGACUUGUGGAACGCCUUGAUCAAUGAACACUUUGUUUUUAGCUUCAAAAAUACUCAAGAAAUUGCAGUCUAUAGAGAACUGGAGGUGCAGUAUGGAAACUGGACCUGGGCCUUGAGAAGUGAGAUGCUGAAUGUUGAAAACCAGCUUUAUACCAAAGUUGAAAAAGGUCAACUGGGCAAAGUUGAGCUCACUGACCUUUCCAAAGAAAUAAGUAACAAAUACGAAGAAGUGAUGAAAAAGAUGACAGCUUAUUUUAAUGACAACCAAAACAAAGAAAUGCUGGUUCAGUGGCAGGGUCGAUUUGAGAACAAAAUAAAAGGCUUUCAUGACGACAUUGUGAGAGACGUGAAAAGAAAACUGAAUGAAGUAAUUCAGCAGAAAAAUGCCCGAACAAAGCUUGAUGACAAAAAGGGAGUUUUUGAGAACAAGCUGCUCCAGCAGAGCAAAGAGCUUGCUCACAAGUUAAAAUGCCUUCAAAAAUAUGAAGAGGAAAAAAAAGCACAGUUUAAUAAUGUCUGGAGUCAUUGGGUUAAGGAACUAACCUUAGAUACAAAACCCAUUGAAAAUAUUUAUUUAGAAAAAGACCAGUUUAAUAUCCUUCUAGAUCUUGGUGUUGAACCAAAGCUCAUUCAUGACUCAAAGAAAAGCCAGAGAUACAAAAAUCUGUCAGAAACUCUUGAUUAUUCUGAUUACAUAACAGCAAAGGAGAACUCUGGGGGUGCCAUGGAGAAAUUCAAGAGGCUUUCUGUAUUUAACGAGCAAAAACAUGUCAGGUCGUUCAUUAAGGAGGUUGAAAAAAAAUGUCUGGAUGCCCUUAAGAGCAAACCUGUUGCAACGAGAGGUUACACAUCUACCUACUUAUCAGACAUGGCUCAAAUCAUUAUAAAACACAUAAAAGCAUUUGAAUCUGGAAGGGAUUAUGUAUUCAAGAAGGAGUUCACAGUUGAUCUUUCACUGUUUGUGUUUGGCAAUGCAGAAAGUUGGCUCUUAAACUCGCACAAGACAUACAAAGACAACAAUGAUGUUCAUACUUAUUUAGAAACCAAGAAAAAUGAAUAUUACAGCAUUUUCCAAAGCUACUGUAAAGGAAGCUCUUCUGCUGUUGUGUUUGGGGAAACGAUGUGUAAAAACCUCAAAGCCUCUGCUGUUGCAGCUGUCUGUAAUAAGACUGCGGUUAAUAUCGCUAGUGAGAUAAAGGGCAGGGUCCCAGCAUUCAAUGGGAAUAGAGUGAACUUAGAAAAAUAUCUGUUAAAGAACAUGGCAGAGAAGGAAGAUUUUAAGAGUUUUAUCACCUACAUCAGAGAUCCAAGAAAGCAACUAGAGGCCUUUAUUAAAGAAGAGGUGAAGAAAAACAUGUUUAAAAACAGUGAAGCUCAGAAGAUUAUUAGGAAAAACGUAGAGGACAUCAGGAGGGCCAUUGGUCAGGCUUUGUUUGAGGCAACAGAAGACGCUGAAAAGAAGAAAGGAGACAUAGAGAUGUGGGUGAAGGAGUUUUCCACUAAAGUAGGGCCAAUCUUAACAAUUGAUACCAUUAGUUGUGAAAACUUCAAGGACAUAAACAACUUUGACUUUCUUAAAGAAGAGAUGGAGAAAGGCCUUAAAAUAAUCACAGAGGAAAUGAUUAAUCUCUCUCUGAAUGAAGUGAAUAAAUGCAGGCAGAGGCCUGAACAAAUCCUCAUUGAUCAGUUGUGUAACUGCUGCUGGGAAACAUGUCCUUUCUGUGCUGCAGUUUGCACCAAUACUAUCAUGGACCACAGUCCUGAUAAGCACAGUGCUCUUUUUCAUCGACCUGCUGGGAUAAUAGGUCGGUGUAACAUUGGAACAGAUGAGCUGACUGUUGAGCUCUGCACCACAGCUGUAGCAAGUGAUGGAAGCUUUUACCCCGAGUGUGACUCAGAGUCUCCAGUUCUUUAUAAAGAGUAUCCAACUGCUGGAGAAAGAUAUGCUGCAUGGAGCAUCACACCUGAUGGCUCUAUGCUGCCCUACUGGAAAUGGUUUGUCUGUCACUUUCAGGAGGAACUGGAAAAACACUAUAAGAUGAAAUUCCAUGGCCGUGGAGAAAUUCCUCAGCAGUGGAAGUUGAUCAGUAAGAAGGAUGCCAUAGACAGUCUAGAUAGGAUGUAAAGUCUAGGAAAAUAUCAGUUCAUUACAGUAAGUUUGAGAUCUGCCUCUUAACAGUUAGAGAAGCUGCACAAUUUAUUGAAAAGCAUUUGGUUUAAACUUCCUGACUUAAUUAUAUGUUAAGUUUAGUAAAAUUAAAAUACCUUAAGACAAAUAUCAGAUUUUUUUUCUUUAUAUUAAUGGAAUAUAUUGUUGUUUGUCUAGUUAGAUUAUUUGCCAGUCGCUGCAAGAUGGGGAUGGAAUUUCAAAUAUAAGGAUUAAUAGAAGUUAUGUAAACAUUUUUCUUUUUUAUCUAUUUAUAAUUAACUUAUCAUGGCAUAUGCUUUGAUAUUGAUAAAAGUAUCAUUGGAAAAAAGCUAUUCUUUAGAAAAAGAGUGACAAUGAUGUCUGAGAAAAGAAAAUAAAUUUUCAGCAUUU